AUGUUGUCUGCCGUAAAGAAGUCCUUGCUGCUGCUCGCAUUGCUGCUGAUUAACUGCCAGGCGCAGCCAUUGGAGGAGCAAAAACAACAACAGCGUCGUGAGCAGCGCCAGCUUAAGAAUGGCGCCAGCGAAGCAGAUGUCAAGAUGAUGGCCGGCACAGCAAACAUGACGCCCACAGCGCCCAUGCAGCUGUCCUUGGCGGGCUUCAAUCAAAUGCCACUGGGCCUCACACGCUAUCCCAACUAUCCGGGCUUGUUUUACGGUGCAGGCGCACAAGCGGGCGCGCCCUUUCUAGGCAUGCCCGGACUGCAAACAAACAUAGCUAAUGGCUAUCCAGGCUACAGCGAUCCCAAUCUUGGCUUGGGCUUCAAUACAGGCGCUAACUUUGGUCUCGGCGGCUUCCCAGGCAAUCCGCAGAACGCUGGCUACAUGUACGGCCAGCCCAUGUACGGCAAUCAGCAGCUGGGCACUGGAUUUGCAGCAGGCGCACCUAAUGUGGAUAGCUUUGCCGCGCUGAACAACAUCAUCAACAUGGCCAAUGUGCAGGGCUUGAGCGGUGCUGCAGGUCUCUAUCCUCAAGCAGGCGCGGCAGGUCUUUAUCCACAAGCAGGCGCUGCGGGUCUUUAUCCCCAAGCAGGCGCUGCUGGCAUGUUUGGCCAACUGGCAGCUGCUGGCAAUCCCAAUGGCAUCUAUGGUCAGCUGGGAGCAGGUGCAGCAAAUGGACUCUAUGGACAGGCGGCGGGCAUGCCACUGCCAAGUAUUUAUGGCGCCAGCAAUGUGCAUGGAGCAGCUGAUGGCAUGCGCAAUACGCAUAGCUAUGCGCCCGCCUAUUAA